GAGCCAGCCCUGCUUUUCGGGAAGUCAGACGACCUCUUCCCUCUGUCAGUGUUGUUCUCUCUGCCCCCAGGUGGAUCCCAUGGACCUGCCGACCGCUCUCUUUUGCUUGCUGCUCCUGUAUCCAGCCCUGGCACCUGCCCUUCCUUCCUGCACUCAGAAUGUGAACAUCACUGGGGGUACCUUCACCCUCAGCCAUGGCUGGGCUCCUGGGAGCCUCCUCACCUACUCCUGCCCCCAAGGCCGUUACCCGUUCCCACCGUCGCGACUGUGCCAGAAAAACGGACAGUGGCAGACUCCGGGAAGCACGCGGUGGACCAAGGCCAUCUGCAGACCUGUGCGCUGCCCAGCUCCUGUGUCCUUCGAGAAUGGCAUGUACACUCCACGGCUGGCUGCCUACCCUGUGGGCGGCAAUGUGAGCUUCCAGUGUGAGGAUGGCUUCACGCUGCAGGGCUCACCUGUGCGGCACUGUCGCCCCAACGGCAUGUGGGAUGGAGAGACAGCAGUGUGCGACAAUGGGGCUGGCCACUGCCCCAACCCGGGAGUUUCAGUGGGCGCUGUGCGGACAGGCUCUCGCUUUGGCCAUGGGGACAAGGUCAAAUAUCGCUGCUCCUCGAAUUUGGUGCUGACAGGGUCUGCAGAGCGGGAGUGCCAAGGCAACGGGGUCUGGAGUGGAACAGAGCCCAUCUGCCGCCAACCCUACUCGUAUGACUUCCCUGAGGAUGUGGCCUCUGCUUUGGGCACUUCCUUGACCAAUGUGUUUGGAGCCACCAAUCCCACCCAGAUGAAGAAGAAAGAAAAUCUGGGCCGCAAAAUCCAAAUCCAACGCUCGGGUCACCUGAACUUGUACCUGCUUCUGGAUGCUUCCCAGAGUGUGUCUGAAGAGACUUUUAACAUUUUCAAAGACAGCGCCACGCACAUGGUGGACAGGAUUUUUAGCUUUGAGAUCAAUCUGAAUGUCGCCAUCAUCACCUUUGCCUCCCACCCCAAAGUCAUCAUGUCCAUCCUGCAUGAGAACUCCCGGGACAUGACGGAAGUGAUCAGCAGUCUGGAGAAUGCCAAGUAUGAAGAUCAUGAGAAUGGAACCGGCACCAACAUCUACAAGGCACUAGAGGCUGUCUUUAACAUGAUAAGUAAUCAGAUACAACGCCUUCACAAGGAAACAGCCUGGCAGGAAAUCCGACAUGCCAUCAUCCUUCUGACAGAUGGCAAAUCCAACAUGGGUGGCUCUCCCAGGCUCGCUGUUAAUAACAUCAUGGAUCUCCUCAACAUCAAGAACAACAGGAAUGACUAUCUGGACAUCUAUGGCAUUGGUGUUGGCAAGCUGGAUGUGGACUGGAAAGAGCUGAAUGAGCUGGCCUCCAAGAAGGAUGGGGAGAGGCACGCCUUCAUCCUGCAGGAUGCCAGGGCUCUGCAGCAGGUCUUUGAGCACAUGCUGGAUGUCUCCAAGCUCACAGACACGAUCUGCGGGGUGGGGAAUAUGUCAGCCAAUGCCUCCAAUCAGGAGAGGACACCCUGGCACGUCACCUUUAAGCCCAGGGCCCAGCAAACCUGCCGAGGGGCCCUUGUUUCCGACCAGUGGGUCCUUACAGCAGCUCACUGCCUCAUCAAUGCCGAGGACCGCUCCCUGUGGAGGGUCAGUGUGGGGGAUCCCAACUCCCAGCAAGGCAAAGAAUUCCAGAUUGAGCAGGUGCACAUUCCCUCAGGGUUCAAUGUCCAUGCAAAGAAGAGCCAGGGCAUCCAGGAGUUUUAUGGUGAUGAUAUUGCCCUGCUGAAGCUGGCCCAGAAAGUGAAGAUGUCCACCCAUGCCAGGCCCAUAUGUCUUCCCUGCACAGUGGAGGCCAAUCUGGCUCUACGAAAGCCCCAAGGCAGUACCUGUCGGGACCACGAGAAGUACCUACUGAGCCAACAGAGUGUGCCUGCACAUUUUGUCGCCUUGAAUGGGAACCAGCUGAACGUUCACCUCAAGACAGGCACAGAGCAGUGGAAUAACUGCAUCCGAGCCGUGUCUGAAGACAAGAUCAGGUUCCCCAACUUGACAGACAUCAGCGAGGUGGUGACAGAGCAGUUCCUGUGCAGUGGUACUGAGCAGGACGACAACCCCUGCAAGGGAGAGUCUGGGGGAGCCAUUUUCCUUGAGCGGAGAUUCAGGUUUUUUCAGGUGGGCUUGGUGAGCUGGGGGCUUUACAACCCCUGUGUCACCAGCAAAAACACACGUAAGAGAGCACCCUAUGGCAAGAGCCCGCCCCCCCGAGACUUCCAUAUUAACCUCUUCCGCCUGCAGCCCUGGCUGAGAGAGCACCUCCAAGGUGUCCUAAACUUUCUACCGCUCUGACCUGUGGUUUCCUGCCAGGAUCAGUCAUUUGUCCCUGCUCUUGCCUGACCACCCGCCCUCAGACGCUAUGGCUUGUGUUUCUUGCUGCUAGCUCAGUAAACCUGGUCUCUGGGAGCCCUGAGGCAGCUCCCACAGGCUGGGCAACCAGGAGCCUGGUACUGCUGCUGCUGUUCCCACCUCUGCUCAGAUCUCUGCCCCAUGUUCACGUGACUCCUUCCAAGGGGUUUUCCAGUUAUGAAAUUAAUAAAAAUCUAGAAUUUCCA